AUGGAUCCUUCAUCCACCAACUCUGUCAAUGGCUUCUAUUCGUUUCUGACUCGCGGGAUCGACGAUCUUGAAAGGGUUUAUCUUUCAAACAACUUCAUGUCAAUCCAAUUCCUUCAAAGGGCUCUUUCCCUUCUUCGAUCUUUUCAUUCCCAGCUGACCCUUCUCGUCCAAAAGCUCCAUUUGCCUGUUGGGGACAAGUGGCUUGACGAGUACAUGGACGAAAGCUCCAAGCUUUGGGAAGCCUGCCAUGUCCUCAAGUCUGCCAUCUCUGCCAUGGAGAAUUACUACACGUCUGGCCUCAACAUCACCUCCACCCUCGACUCUCAUCGCCAUCUCACCCCUCAGCUCUCUCGCCAGGUGGUUCGCGCGAUUUCUGGGUGUCGGCGAGAGGCGUUUGGAUUGGAGGAAGAGAACAGAGCGCUGAUGGAGACGAGAAUUCAACCACUCUCACUGAAAUUCGACGAAAGGGUCUCCAUCGAAUCGAAGCUUAAUGGGUUCAACGGGUUCAGGGGAGUUCUUUAUGCAAUGAGAAACGUAAGCUCUCUGCUUCUCAUGAUCUUGCUCUAUGGACUGGUCUUCUGUUGGCCAGAGUCAAGCUUCUGCAGGGGAGGCUACGAGGGCUGCUUGAUCUUCGGAUCAUCGUUCAUGAUAUCAACGGCUAGAUUGCAGCAAAGGGUAGCAGCAGAGAUCAGCCAGAUCAAUGAAAGGCCUGGGAUUUUGAUGUGGGAGUUCAGGAGGUCCAAGAUGGCCAUGGAUGAGCUGAGAGGUGAAUUGGAGAGGAGGGGCCCACAGGGGGUGAUGGAUUGGGAGAGUGAGGGUGGGAUUAGAGAGAGAGUGGACAACUUGAGAGGGUGUUUUGGUGUCUUGAGAUCUGGUGCUGAGAAUAUUAUCAGCCAACUUGAUGAUUUCUUUGAUGAAAUUGUUGAAGGGAGGAAGAAGCUUUUGGACUUUUGCAGUCAUAGGUAG